AUGGGCGUCCUGCAGGUGCUGGUCGUGGAGAACUUCAAGUCGUGGCGGGGCCGCCAGAUCAUCGGCCCCUUCAAGAGGUUCACCUGCAUCAUUGGCCCCAGUGACUCCGCCUGUGAAAAAGUAGCACAAAAAUGUAUUCGGUUUCUGAAUGAGGAAAGAGCUGAACCUGAGACAUUCCUUGCUCUGGAUUACCUGGAGGUUGGGUACAACAAUUGGGUAGAUGUCAUAUUUUCACAGAAAUCAUCUGAUGUCUGCCAUUUGUGCUCAUGGCUUUCCACAGUGGCUCUUGAUGGAACACUAUCUUUAAAAUCUGGGGUGAUCUCUGGAGCAUCAAGUAACUUAAAAAACAAGGCUAGAUGCUGGGAUGUGAAAGAGUUAACGAAUCUAAGAGUCAGAAGAAGCCAGCUAAUCCAAGAGCUGAAGGAUUUAAUGAAGACCCUCCACAAAGAAACAGACUUGAAACAAAUACAGACUCUAGUACAAGGAACUUAUGCACGAAUCAAAUAUUCACAGAGUGAACUAGAGAUGAUAAAAAAGCACCUUGCUACAUUUUCCCGGGUACUACAGACUUACACAAAAUGUGAUGGAAAUUAGAAUGACAGCAGAGUUUCAGGAAUUCUAUAGAUAGCAUCAUGUACUUUUUAGAUAGUUUCCCUUAUG